GGAUGUCCUGCUUAUGGGUUUGUUUUGUUCUCCAGUACAACACAACAUCUCUUCUCCUGGACUAUUUUAUCUAUAGACUCUAUGAUAAAAAUCUGGAGACACCACUGGAUAAUAAAAGGUAAGUUGAUAAGGAUGGUAAAUCCAGAUGUCUGUCUUCCAAUUGCCGAACCUUGAACAGUCCAGUACAACCAGGAUGCCCAAACAUGUUUAUUACUGAGGGAUAAAUGUAGCAGAUUGAGUUGAGAGGUGAGUCGAUGAUCUCUUUAGCACAGCAAAUCCCCAAAUCCCAUCCUUUACCAUCUUUAUUUUAUUACUGCAGAUAAAAGUGAGGCUCUAAUAAGGACUUGAAAGCAGAAUACAUAGAGGGAAAAGAUGUCUCCAGCAAGAGAGGAACUAAAACAGGCCUCGUGCCGCUUCAUCACAGAUACUCUCAAUUACAUCGACACAAUGAGAAAAUUCUGUCAUAUGUUCCCAAAAUGGGAGACAUCGAGAAAGACGGAGUUAGAAAUGAUGAUGGACAUCAAAGGCAGGGCAGACAAAAUUGACCUUGACAUCAGCCAUGUUACUAAGUCGGAGGACAAAGGUGAGGCUUUUGUGGAAUAUCUAAAGAGCAAGGUAACCCUAAAUGAUGACGAAAGGUGUGCAGAGCUAGAGAAGGAGCUGGAUGAAGUGUUGAAGGACACUCUGGGAGGUUUGAAGAAGCUUGACUGUUUCCUGGAUGCAGUGGAGAAGCUGGUGGUCACCUCACUGCAUGUGUUCAUGAAGAAUCAGGUGUUGCACCUGCCUGAAGAGAUCAGCUUUGAAUAUGUUCAGGUCAUCAUCGGUGCUGCACAGCAGAUCUGCCCUCUCCUCCUGGAGAUUAAAAGAGAUGCAAACGUCUUCUUCCUUCCCAAACUUCAGAAUGUGGAAGUGCUGGCAAAUCAGCUGGACAGAUACAUACAGAUCACCAAAACCAUGUGUGAGAAGCUGGACAAAAGCUGUUUCAGUGACUUUUGUAUGAAAAAGACCGUAAAAACUGUGGUGAAACUCCAUGUGGAUUUGACUGAAGACGACCUACAAAGGAUGCUUGAUAACAUCAAUCAGCUUGAGGAAAUCAGGAUGAACCAGUCCUUCCGGAUGGUGUUCUUGUUCCAGGAAGUGUCCUGUUCAGACUUCAUCAGUCAGUUCGAAGAGCGACAGCCCAGGAUGCUGGAGUUUCUAGACAAGUUGGAGGAGAUUGCUGUUCAGCUGGACAGGAUGAAUAAGGGUGCAAAGAUCUCCAGUGUGGCAGGCAGCUCAGUGGGUGCGAUUGCAAGUACCGUAUUUUCACGACUAUAAGGCGCACAUAAAAGUCUUAGAUUUUCUUCAAAUUGUGCGGCGCGCCCUAUGGUGCAGUGCGUCCUGUGUGUGUUGUUGUUGUUGUAAGGCGGACGUAGACCAGGUGUUUUUUUCCACGCAUCACCUGAUCUGUGACUCUAUGCGUGCCCAUCUCACAGCCGAUGUGAAAAAACAAGUGAAGCAAAUGAACUCUGAGCUUGCUGUCAUUCCGGGAGGCCUGACAAAGGAACUCCAACCGCUGGACAUCGGUGUGAACCGGCCGUUCAAAGUAAGGCUGCGAGCGGCGUGGGAGCGAUGGAUGACCGAUGGAGACCACAGUUCAUCAUUUCCGAGGCGCCGCACGGCACGGAAAGUGACUCUGACAGUGAAGAAAGUGAACCUGGCAUGUUUGAUGGAGGUUUAGCGCAGCUGUUCAAUUCAGAAACAGAGGAUGAGGACUUCCAUGGGUUUGAUUGAUGACGAUUACCGGUAAAAAAAAAUGUGAAUACCAAACUCAGUUUUGCUCCCGCUCUAUUUUUAAAUACGCACACUUGUGUGCUUGUUUUAUCCGUGUGUUUUACCAUGCCCGCGCCUAUUGAUGAUUAAAAAAUGUUAGUACUUUGUAAUCAAUACUUAAAUAAAGCACAACCAAACUCAGUUUUGCUCCCGCUCUAUUUUUAAAUACGCACACUUGUAUGCUUGUGUGUGUGUUGUUGUUGUAAGGCGAACGUAGUAGAGGACACCAUGAGAACGUUAAAGGGGGAAGUGUGGGCGUGGAUUGUAUAUAAAACCCUCGCCAUAUAAUCAGGUGCGCCUUAUGUGUGUGUUAAAUACAGUAAUGGCACACAUAACUGAGACUGCGCCUUUUGGUACAGUGCGCCUUUUGGUCGUGAAAAUAUGGUAUACUGUCCGUUGUUGGUUUAGCACUGAUUCCUGUCACAGCGGGAGUUUCUUUGGCUCUGACAAUGACCGGGGUUGGGCUGGGAAUGGGCAGCACAGUCAACA